AUGGACCUGUCGCUUUUGACUUUGGCCGUGUGCACCCAGAUAGACGGUUUGACACGAAAGCGAAAGGGGGUCGUGGAAAUGGAGGCGUCGCGUGUGGACAUCGAGCUCGAAGCAGCUGACGAUGAGAGACUUGUUUAUGGUGGAAAACUGUGA